AGUUAAUACACUACUUAUUGAGUAGGUUUUAAUACCGGUGUUAAAAACCUUUUUUCGGUUAAUACAGUGAAAAGGUUAACGAGUUUUUGAUAGUGCCUAAAAAUAUACAUAAAUAUACUGGCUAUAUAUAUUAUAUAUGUAUUAGGAAAAGGAUACUAUGGACAUGGAUGAAUUCCUGAACGAUAACCCGGAUUAUCUCAGCGAUUAUGUGCUGAAUAACGUGUCCACUGAACAGAUUGAGAGAUGGCUUAUACGCAAGAAUCGUAACAAAAAGUCAAGCCUUUCCCGGUAUAAAUUUUGCGUACACGCGGAUAAGCGCAAAAUGCUCCAGUCCCUCACCAACAUGCUGAGCCAGGACACGCCCCAACGGACGUACGUACUGAACGAACUGUCCGCUACGAUCGCGUCGGCCGUUAACGCCAGCCAUUGGCACCUAUUCCUCAUCGACUGGAUCUCCCAAAGCGAACAGGUAUUUGAGGUUUUGCUUAUAGUAAGGGGUAGUGCGAUAAGUACGUGUGACGUUCAUUAG